AUGGAACUAGCAAAUGGCACUGAAGUGACUGAAUUCAUCCUCUUGGGAUUUGCUGCUCAACACAAAUUUUGGCAUAUCCUCUUCAUCGUCUUUCUAAUGAUCUAUAUGACUACCUUAGUGGGUAAUAUUGGGAUAAUCCUACUCAUCAAGAUUGAUUCUGGCCUUCACACACCUAUGUAUUUCUUCCUCCAACACUUGGCUUUCAUUGAUCUCUGUUAUACCUCUGCUAUCACUCCCAAAAUGUUGCAAAAUUUCAUAAGAACAGAAAAAUCAAUCUCCUUCAUAGGAUGUUUUUUACAAUUAUUAGUCUAUGGGACUUUUGCAACCAGUGACUGCUACAUCCUGGCAGCUAUGGCAGUGGACCGCUAUGUGGCCAUCUGUCACCCACUCCGUUACCCAGUAGUCAUGUCCCGAAGAGUCUGUAUUCAACUUGUACUUGGAUCAUACUUCAUGGGUUUCUUAAAUGGCUCUGUAAACACGAGCUUUACCUUCUCAUCCAAUUUUUGCAAGUCCAAUGCAAUCAACCAUUUCUUCUGUGAUGAACCCCCAAUUCUUGCCCUUGCAUGCUCCAGUAUUGAUUUCAAUAUCAUGCUCCUAGCAAUCUUUGUGGGGUUUAACUUGAUGUUCACUGUCCUGGUUGUUAUCUGUUCUUACAUAUAUAUCUUAGCUGCCAUUCUAAAGACAUCGUCAACAUCUGGAAGGAAGAAGGCCUUCUCCACAUGCGUCUCCCACCUGACGGCAGUCACUAUAUUCUACGGAACUCUCUCUUAUAUGUACCUACACCGUGGCACCAAAGACACUCAAGAACAAGAAAAAGCAGCGUCUAUAUUUUAUGGCAUUAUCAUCCCCAUGAUAAACCCCUUGAUCUACAGUUUGAGAAACCAAGAUGUAAGAGAAGCUCUAAAAGGGAUCAGAAAGAAGUGUUUCUAG